CGCCCCCACCAAAAGUAGCGUACAGCACAGUCCUCAAAAUGUCCGGCGACCUCCAGUGGCUCCUUCUCCGCAACGGUAAUGCUUUCACCGUCAAGCGCCUCCCCGAGGGCCCUAUCCUCUCCCGGGAGCCUGGCAACUUGACGAAUAUCCACUCGCACAAGUACUCUGGUCUUGCAAACGAGAAGGCCAUCGCCGUCACGGACUCUGAGUCUGGCAUCAAGCUGACUUACCGUAAGAAAGGUGCUGCUCCCAACGCGGUCCGCCCUGCACUUGUCACCACCACUAUUCGCUCCCGUUCAGGCGGCCGCCGUGCGGCUGGUAUCACGGCGAAGCUUGCCAAGCGCGGCUACCGCCCUGACCUCAGAGCCGCUGCCCUCGCGCGCGUCUCUGCUCUCCUCGCCUCGAAGAAGGAAAAGAAGGCCGCGCCCCCCAAGAAGGCUCGUGGCAAGAAGGCACAAGUUGCGUGAAGGACUGAUGCUGUCUUGUUAUCUGUGACGACCACUUGUAUUGUUUGCUUUCCACUCACAUCGCACCCGCUUACCAUGCAUAUGUCUAUGCACGCACGACCAAAUAAUCAUAUGCUGCUUGCGUCCACGCAUGCCCACCC